CGACGCCGAGCAGAGCCAGAGCUUCAGGCGUGUAAUGGGAGGCUCGGUUUGUUUUCUCGUGUGUUUCACGCCACACUAAAUGCUUUCUGUGGCUCUGUGAUGGUUACAUAGACACGUCGGACUGAAGUUCACUCAUGCACGAUGGCUGAUCAUCAGAUCGAUGACCCAAAGAUUGCGUUCGCUUACCUGCGGCCUUCCUGUGUCCUACUGACCAAAGAACCCACCCUGACCAAUAUAGAGGCUCUGAAUAAUCACCUGCAUAGUGUUAGCGAUGGAGUCCUCCAGCUGCUUCAGGAUUAUGUCCUCUUCCCUCUCCGCUUUGUCCUCAAGACUCCUGGGGCGAAGCGAGACGGUGUCGUUCAAGCCGUCAUGGAGGCCAUGAUUUAUGUUCUGGACAAGACCUGUGUCCAGAACUGGGAAUCUCUACGUGAACUCUUUUCUGAGCUUUGCCUUUGCUUGUGCUCUCCGAAAGACCCCGGAAAGCCAGCUCCAUCAUCGGAGGAGGUGAAGUUAGCAGUGCUGCGAUGCCUGGAUGCUCUCGUGCAUUCCGCGUACGGAGACGUGGCUUUCAGGAUGUAUGAGCCUGCUAUGCUUCCCGGACUGGGAGCCGCCGUGUCGCUGCUCUUGGCUCUGGCCGAGCAAGAGAAAGCGAGGGGAGUGCAGGCAGCAGCGUUGAAGUGCCUUCUGUCACUAUUCCUGCAGUGUGACUGUGAAAGAACACAUGUAGAACCAAAUGAAGAGGAACGAAAUUUGCUUGGAAAUACUCUGGCUUCAUUCCUACCAGGAAUCACUCAAGCUUUGAGUCGUGUUGUUAGCGGAGAUCUGAGGCAAGGGCAUGUGGUUACGGUGAAAGCCAUGAGGGUUUGGUACACCACAGUGGGCCUGGUUAUGAUGGACAAACAGCUUCAGAACGACAGCAAAGUGAGUGCAGAGUCAGCCAAUUUGGGUAGGGUUGGAGAACUGGUGGUGAAAAGAACUCCAACAUGGAAAAAGUCCACGUCCAAAAGACUUGCAUUGGCGCUGCAGAAAGUGAUCUCUUACACCACGGCGCACCAGCACUGGAGGGUAAGAUUGGAACUGGUCAAUAUGUCGGAUCAUCUUCUUGCCCAGUGCAGCGAAUCUUUAUCUGAAUGCAUUGCUCCUCUCCUGGAGGCUUUGGUUGGCGCGGUCAAUGACGAAGAACCUCGAGUCAAAGAGCGGUGUAAAGCAGUACUGGCUGAGGUAUCAAGAAGAAACCAAGCUACAGGAGGUCGAGCUUUAACCGACGUCUUGUCGGAAAACUUGCACAGCCUGGCAUCUUCUCUACCUCGCCUCAUGAGAACGACGGACGACAAGCGCAAGCUUUUUAUUCUCACCGUCUUUAUGGGGUACCUGAAGAUUCUUGGCCCUCAGGUGGAUUUGGUCUUGACGUCAGUGGUUCACCUUAAGCGCAUUUCCAAAGCGCUGAUGCAGGUGCUGGAGUUGGACGUCACAGACAUAAGGAUAGUCGAGGAAAGAAGCUUCGCGCCACUGUCUGACUUGGCACCUGAUGCUUCAGAAGUGCAGCGCCAAAGAAAAUACUUCCUCUAUUUUACAGACAACAAGAUCUUCUCUGCGCUGAAGCAGGUAUGCCGGAUGCUGGGUCGCUAUGGAAAUCUUUAUUUACUGGUUGACCACUUCUUGGAGCUUUACAAGGAGUCGUCUGUUUAUCGCAAACAAGCAGCUCUGGUGCUCAAUGAGAUUGUCAGCGGGGCAGCGGGAGUUGGGGCAGACAUCUUGAGAACAGUUGACCAGAACAGUGCUGAAAUUUCCAGAACAAGUCACGAGGACCUAAAAUGUGCGAUCACGUCUAUCAUUGAAGAAUACAUCAGUUUGAAUAACUGGCAUCUUGUGACUGUGAUGGACGACGCGGAAGAUGAAGAGCAGGAGACACGUCCUUGUGCAGUCCCCUCUAUUUUAAGCAGGUCUGACGGAUAUGGGCAGCGAGCCGCCCCAACCUUGAGUUCCAAACCUUCCCCGCUCCACCAGUUGAACAGCAACAUUUGGCAGAUCUGUAUCCAACUGGAAGGGAUCGGAUCCUUCGCUUUAGCCCUGGGCUCUGAUUUCCGCCUGCUGCUGAUGACGUCGCUCUACCCUGUGCUGGAGAAGGCGGGAGAUACUUCGCUAUUAGUCAGCCAAUCAGCUCUCAGCACCAUGCACAACUUUUGCAUGGCUUGCGAUUACAUCUCGCCCAAGGAGCUGGUGAUCAGCAACGCAGACUACCUGCUUAAUGACAUCUCUUUGAACCUGAACAGGCUCAGCCUUCAUCCUCACGCCCCGCGAGUCCUCGCGGUCAUGUUCGCCCAUUCGGAUGCCGCUCUGCUGCCCCUAGUGGACGAUGUGGUGCAGGACGUCCUCACGGCCCUGGAUCUGAGCUACGACCAGAGAUCUCAGCAGUUCUGCACAGUACUGCAUUCGCUCAUGAAUGCGCUGGUGAGGUGGUUUAACAGCAGAACUACCGAUACGCGAACGACUUCGGCAUCCAGUGCGCACACCCCAACUCAUGAGACGCUAAAUCUUCGCCAAUUUUUGUUGGAUUACAGAAAGCAGAAGAAGCUGGCAGAGGGGUUCUGCGACGAUGUGGUGGAGUCAGGUGAUGCAGAAACGCCUCCUGAGGCAGCAGCUUCUGAGGUCAAAGUGGAAGACGAGGAUGGAGGCCCUGACGUGAAACCAGAACUGCCCUUGCACGUGUCUAUCGCUAAAGAUGUGAUGGAGCGCUGCGUUCACCUGCUGUCUCACCCCAGCAUGAGAGUACGACUGAAGGUGUUGGACAUUGUAGAGCUGUGCGUGAAAGUGCUGUGUGAGACGGAGAAUGAGCUCUUACCCAUGGUGCACCGCUGCUGGCCGGCUCUUCUCCAGCGCCUCACCAAUGAUGACCCGCUUGCUAUACCACAAGCUUUCAAGGUGUUAUGUGUGUUGGGUGAGACGUGUGGUGACUUCCUGAGGAAGCGAGUGUCUAAAGAGAUCCUGCCCCGCCUCACCACAUCACUUACACGCCAGGCUGAGACGAGCGCUCGGUCCGGUCCGAUGUACACGCACACACUCGCGUACAAGCUGCAGCUGGCCGUGCUACAGGGACUCGGACCUCUGUGCGUGCGCCUCGACCUGGUGGAUGCGGAUCUGGACCGUAUCUCAGAGGCCUGUCUGCCGUACCUGAGCUGCCGACAGCCAAUCAAAUUACAGGAAGCUUGCCUCUGCGUUUUCCGUCACCUGAUGCAGCUGGACCUGGACUCGUGCUGGUUCACUCUGAGCGAGCUGUGCUGUCCCGUUGCCUACGAGCCGCCUCACUUGCUCCUGUUCCCUGUUAAGUUGAGCGGGAUGAGCCGAGCCAGGAACGAAUACACGCAAAACGUCGUCAAACUGCUGCAGGAACUCGAGCAGAAUCAUCACAGCAGCGCUGAUCAGGAUGGCUGAAUUGACAUUGACACAGAUUGAAUCAGGAUUGUAAAAAUGUUUUAAACAUUAACAUUGUGUGAUUUGUAACAACACAGAUAUUCCGCUAUCAUGUGCUAACGUGGCUAGAAACAUGCUAAUGUAGAUAAUGUGCUGAGAAAGGUACUGACAACCAAAUAUUGUGUCACAAAGGGAUGUAAGUAAGUAAUAUUAUACUUACUAAGGUUAUAGGGUAAACCUUUCCCAAAAUCUCUAUUAGUGCACUAAUUUCGUAGUGGGAUCUAUGUACCCUACGUAGUGUGCACCUGGGAAGCGUUAGAAUUUAGCCACUAGCUGAGGCUGAAAAAAAAACCUAAGAAAUAUUUGAAGAAUAUUUUGUGCAAACACAUCUACCUUUUAUAAUAA